AUGGCUGUAAGAGAUUUUCUGUUCGUAUUCGCCGUGGCUGUUGCGGCGGCGGGCCUGUGGACGAGCGUCGCCACCGGGCAGGAAUCGGGCCGCGGGGCAGUGGCCGGGACGGCGCCGUAUAGGAUCCACACGCUGUUUUCGGUAGAGUGUAAUAAUUACUUCGAUUGGCAAACGGUUGGCCUCAUGCACAGCUACCGCAAGGCCAAACAGCCCGGCCCGAUUACCCGGCUGCUCAGCUGUACCGAGGAAGAGAAGGAGGGCUAUAAAGGCAUGGACUUGGCGCCAACCCUUGAAGUGCCAUCCAUGAGCAGGCACCCCAAGACUGGUGAUUGGUAUCCAGCCAUCAAUAAACCGGCUGGUGUAGUCCACUGGCUUAAACAUAGCAAAGAUGCAGAUAAUGUUGAUUGGGUAGUGAUUCUGGAUGCUGAUAUGAUCAUUCGAGGUCCAAUCAUACCAUGGGAACUUGGAGCAGAGAAAGGCAAGCCUGUAGCUGCAUAUUAUGGGUACUUGGUUGGAUGUGACAAUGUUCUUGCUAAGCUGCACACUCAGCAUCCUGAAUUCUGUGACAAGGUUGGUGGGCUUUUAGCAAUGCAUAUUGACGAUCUUCGAGCUUUGGCACCCUUGUGGCUGUCAAAAACUGAAGAAGUAAGGGGAGAUAAAGAUCACUGGGCUACAAAUUACACUGGUGAUAUUUACGGGACAGGGUGGAUUAGUGAAAUGUAUGGCUACUCAUUUGGUGCUGCAGAGGUGGGACUUCGCCACAAGAUAACUGAUAACUUGAUGAUUUAUCCUGGCUAUACUCCUCGAGAGGGUAUUGAACCCAUUCUUUUGCACUACGGAUUGCCUUUUAGUGUUGGAAAUUGGUCCUUCAGUAAAUUAGAUCAUCAUGAAGACAACAUUGUGUAUGACUGUGGACGCCUCUUUCCCGAACCUCCUUACCCUAAAGAGGUGAAAGAAAUGGAAGCUGAUCCAAACAAGAGGAGGGCACUGUUUCUGAAUAUAGAAUGCAUGGACACCCUAAACGAAGGUCUAUUACUGCAUCAUGCUGCGCAUGGUUGCCCCAAGCCCAAGUGGUCCAAAUACCUGAGUUUCUUGAAGAGCAAAACUUUUGCAGAACUAACUCAACCGAAACAGCUGUCUCCGAAAAGCCGUCAAAUGAUGGAAGUUACUGAGGGAAAAAAGCAAGAUGUUGGGGAGCCAGAAAAGUGGCAUCCAAAAAUACAUACCAUUUUCUCUACUGAAUGCACCCCUUAUUUUGAUUGGCAGACCCUGGGGCUCGUUCACAGUUUUCACCAGAGUGGCCAGCCAGGGGAGAUCACGAGGCUGUUGAGUUGUACAGAUGAGGAUUUGAAGGAAUACAAAGGACAUGAUCUAGCACCCACUCAUUAUGUCCCGUCUAUGAGUCGGCAUCCUUUGACUGGAGAUUGGUAUCCAGCUAUUAAUAAACCAGCUGCCGUGCUGCAUUGGGUCAACCAUGUGAAAACCGAUGCAGAAUACAUAGUGAUUCUGGAUGCUGACAUGAUAAUGAGAGGACCAGUUACGCCUUGGGAGUUCAAUGCGGCUAAGGGCAGACCUGUUUCCACUCCUUAUGACUAUCUCAUUGGAUGUGACAAUGAGCUUGCAAAGAUCCACACUCGCAAUCCAGGUGCUUGCAACAAGGUUGGUGGUGUAAUCAUAAUGCAUAUAAGGGAUCUCAAGAGAUUUGCAAUGCUUUGGCUGCAUAAAACCGAGGAAGUCAGGGCUGAUGUGGGCCACUGGGCAAAAGUCUUUACUGGAGAUAUUUACGAGGCUGGUUGGAUUAGUGAGAUGUAUGGCUACUCCUUUGCUGCAGCAGAGAUGAAUUUGCGGCAUGUCAUAAGCAAAGAGAUAUUGAUAUAUCCAGGAUACGUGCCUGUUCCAGGCAUCCAGUAUAGAGUAUUCCACUACGGAUUGGAAUUUAGGGUUGGAAACUGGAGUUUCGAUAAGGCCAAGUGGAGACACAUGGACAUAGCCAACAAAUGCUGGGCCAAGUUCCCAGACCCUCCCGACCAAUCAACUCUCAACAGAUCAGAUGAGGAUUCACUAAGCCGUGACUUGCUCAGUAUAGAAUGUGCGAGAUCUCUGAACGAGGCCCUCGACCAUUAUUAUGAGAGAAAAAAAUGCCCUGACCCCAACUCCUUACCUGCUCCAGUUCGAAGAGCCCCUAAUCCUCCUUCACUGUCCAGCCCAGCUCGAAAGACUGUUAAUCAUCCUCCCAAAUCGCCAGCUCGUGAGGUGGGAAGUGAAGUGGAAAGUGAAGUAAUAACAGCAACUAGGAAAAUGGGGAACGUCGAGGAGAUUGAUCCAAUAAUGCAUUUGUCGGAUGUGAAGAGCAACAAUUCAGAAGAAUUAUCCCAACCCGAAGAGACUAAUCAGUCGUUCACGUCUAUGAGAUUUUGGAUAAUCGGGCUCUGGGCGUUUUCGAUUAUUGGUUUUGUGGCGGUUAUGGUGAUGAUGAUUUUGAGACGCAAAGGGCAGAGGAAAAGGGGCAAAGGGUUUAAGAGCAAGAGAAGAAACACUUACUCGGGACCAUGA